GAUACCCUGAACACCAUCUACUUCUCUUCAUCCCUUCUGUUUCUCUGACAGGAGUCAAGGUUCUCACUGAGCCAGAGGAUCACUAUUCUACUACUUACAGAGUCAAGAUGAAUCUCUCCUGGAGCCUUUACCUGGCAGUGACCCUCAUCUCCAGUCCUCAUUCAUUCUCUGACCUGGCACCUGAAAACGAGGUGCCACUGCACCCCACAACUUGGAUGGGGGAGGGAAAAAUCACACCUGUUCAUCUGGCCAAAGGGCGGACUCGCAGGCUGUAUUUCACAUUACAGAAGAAGACUCUGACAGUUAGUGUUAGCCCCUGUUCUGUCACUAUAGAAUGGAGCCUGAGUGCACGUGCUCUGAAGGACAAACCACCAAAGAAUCCUCACUUGAGCUCCAGGAAGAGCAUGCCUGAAAUGUGGUGGAAAGGCCUUGGAAUGGAGACAAUAAUUCACACUUACACAGGCAAAGCUGUGGACACCUAUUCAGGCCCGGCCUAUGAAGCAUCCUCCUUGUACAUAGUGAGCCUGAGGUCAACAGAGCAGGACACACAAGUGACUGUUUACCUGCAGGAAGGACCCAGACCCUCAGGAGCUUUUCCAGAGCUACCAUCUGACUCUCAAGUGCACAUUCUGGGGGUGGGGUUGACGAGCGUCACCGUGAGCUGGGCCCCAAGCCCAUCCAUCAUCAGAACAUCACUCCACAGCAAAAAAGUGCCCUACGGGUACUGCGUUUUAGUCAACCUCAAUCACAACUACAGAAACCUAUGUGCUGCCCAUGAGGAGAUCAGAAAAGAGCUAGAGAGUGACAAAAAAAGAGAAAAAAAAGACAAGCAAGGAAAAGAUUUGGUACUGCCGAUUCUUAAUGCAUGGCGGUGGCAGCAUUGGGACACUCUUGAGGACCGUGAUUCCUCAGCUGUGGCAAGGUCAGAUAGUUUUAAAGGUUGUGUGUGUAGGGAGGCUGAGAGUGUAUGCACUAUCUCUGGUUUGCUUCCAGACACACGGUACUAUGUUGAUGUUUUUCUGAUAGACCGCAUAAAUGGCACAAAUGUAGCAUACACUGGAACUUUGGCACACACUCAUGAAGAGGCUUGGCAGGCUGUGACCCCCUUACAGGAAGGGCAAAUGCAGAGGGUGAGUGUGAGAGCAGGCUCAAAGAAUUCCCGCCACUUCCGUUUUCGACCACGCGGGUGGCAUCGGAAUGGUAUUCUCACUCUGCAAUGCUGCAAUGCCAGACACAAAGCCAAAGUUGACGUCUUUAGUAGAGGAAAACGUCUCUUUUCUAAAGAGGUGGAUAACCAGUUGGCUCAAAUAUGGUUGGAGGGAGGCCCUUCUUAUCUAAUUCGGCUGCAGGCCUUGGGGGGCAACCCUAAACGCAAGCUAGACCUGGAAACUUCGAGGGUCUUUCUCAAACUGCAAGUGUCAUCAGCAUAUCAUUGCAGGGCACCACCAAUACUCCCACCAACUCUGCAUCUGAAGUCUUUUAAUAAGCUGCGCAGCUGCAGCUCCGUCACAUUGGCUUGGAUGGGAACCGAGGAACGUAGCCUGUACUGUCUUUACCAGAGACGCAUUACAGACCAGAACAAAGAGAACAGCACAGAUCACUGCCUGGGGCCUGAGUCUCGCCCUGCCACUGAGCAAGUACUCUGCAAGUACUUCCAGGAUCUUGACCCACGUCGGGCAGUCACAACUGCAGUGAUCAGGGGGCUGGAUCCAGGUGUUUUGUAUGUAUUUGAUGUCUAUCUUAUGAGACGCUGGGGCCUGCCAGUUAAGUAUCACAGUAAGACAGUGAGGACCAGAAAAGAAUGCUGAGAGAUGAAAAUGAAGGCAUCUAAAACAAUCCACUGCCAGUCAAGGAGCAGAUCACAUUGACUGCUGGAAUUGCACAGAAGUCAUGAUGAAGUAAUUGUGCAUGGGAAUAAACUGAUAAACUCUGAGAUAUGGCACUGUGUGACCACACAAACAUACACACACACAGGUUAGACACACCAGCAAAAUCUAACUUACUGUACAUUGUUGUUUUAAUGUGUCAUUAUGCAAUAAUGAUGUGUUGUUUAUUUCAGGCUAUUUAAUUUCAGGAGGGCAGUAAAAUGUUUCUCACCUUCCUUGCAAUAAAAGACUGCCAUCCAUGCAGUCUGUGGGCUACAAACAAGAACCAAUAGCACAAAUCAAUAUAUACUACAGAAUGGGGAAUUAAGGAAAACAAGCGUGAGAGCAAGAGAGGAAAUGAGAAGAGCUUGCAUAGUGUGUCAGUCAUGAUCUGCUAAGGCAUGCAGCAGAGAAUUAAACGGUAUGAUACAUUGUGUUUGAUGUGGUUACUGUGUAUGACACGAUUGCAUGAAACAUUAAAA